AUGACGCACUGCGCAGGCGCGCGGCGGAGGCCGUUAAGGACCAAGAUGGAUCGCGAGUUGUUGAUUCGGAAGGUGUCGGCCCUGCAGGCCUGUGUCCGGGGCUUUUUGGUCCGACGCCAGUUCCAGAGCCUGCGAGCUGAAUAUGAGGCGAUUGUACGAGAGAUUGAAGGCGACCCUGUUAGGAUUCAGUGGACCAAGGGAUGGAUUCCCAGGCCCCAAUUUCUCCCAGAGAAGGCAAAAUCCUAUGGGACUUGGAAAGUAGAAAAGAGGGUAUCAAAUCUACAGCAAGAACUGAGGAGCCGCUUCUCAUGUAAAGAGGCUGAGAGAGAGGCCAUCUGGGAGGAGAUGGUGUUCAAGAAGUCAGGAGAGAGCUCAGCAAACCCAGGAAAUCUCUGCCGAGGUGAUGGCCCCUGGCUUCAGACUGACUGGAGCAGGAAAACCAGCCAGGAAGAAAUUGGAGACAUGAUAAGGAUGAAGAACCCAGCCACAGGUCCAGGACUGCUUCACAGCCAGCCUCAGCUUCAGGAGCUCCAAUACCACCGCAGCCACUUGGCCAUGGAACUGCUAUGGCUGCAACAGGCCAUCAAUAGCCGUAAGGAGUACCUGAUGCUCAAGCAAACACUGAGAUCCCCAGAAACAGGUCAGACCAGAGACAAGCCCUGCCUGCACCCAGACCAUGGAGGACAGGUCUGUGACAGUGAUCAGUCACAAGCAAACCCAUCACUAAAGGACCAGUUCUACAGAGACAAGACCACUGGAGAGCUAGACCAUGCGGAUGACUCCUGCCAGAGGGUCAAAUCACCCCACAAAUCUUCAGAAAGUCUGUCCCCUACACAAAAACUAGCUAGAGCUAAGUGUAGGGAAACAUGCUAUAGGAGGGCUAGACCACAGUUUUCUAUGCCAUCAGACAGCCAGGCUGUGGAGGACAGGUUCGCCAAAGAGCCAGACAAUGGAGUACAGCUACAGAGGAAACUCCUGGAGGACCAGACCCCUGGAUGCCUCAAACCUAGGGACCACUGUUCCAGGAAGGCCAGGACACAACUUCAUAUACUCUGUGAGGACCCAGAUAUUGAGAAGUUUCCUAGAGGGCUAGAUUACAAAGAGCCUGAAUACCAAACAGCCAGGCCACAAGAGUUGGGCCUCUCAGAAGACCAUAUAAGUUUGGAGGGGACCUUGGCAGAGCCAGAGCAUAGUAGCUUGCAUCUUUGGAGGACUAAACCACCCAAAGGCCAAAACCCCCAUGAUAGACACUCCAGUAAUGGAACCUCUGAUGAGCCUAGUCAUGAAGGAUGUAAAAACCAAAGGACUACCAUGGAGAUCAAGGCCUCCUGAGAACCCUUUUUCCACAGAGUCAGACCAUAUAGGAGAGGACCAGGUUCCAAAGGGGUGUGCUGUGAAAGGACC